AGAAGAGGUGCAGUCGGCACUGAAAUGGCCCUUGGUUGGCUUGUGUUUCUUCUGUUAGUGAGCGGCAACGUCGUACUUGGAAACUCACUCAACUACAGUAUAUUGCAAAGAUGCAUGAAGGACGUCAACACAUUCCUUUGGGAAUUAAACCAGGACAAGCCAAAGGAAUAUGCUGCUCUCAUGUAUGACUCCUUUGGAAAGAUGGGCAGCAGUGUUAAAGACGGUAACGUGAACCAGCCUGGUUCGCCGCAGCAGUGUCGCUCUGCCAUCGGCCCCAGCUUCUCUACACACUACUGCCAGGUGUUCCUGAAGCAGGGAGCAACACAGUAUUUUGUGGGCAUUUGUGUUCCUGACUCAUGUGGGGAAGACGAUGUGAAGCAGCUGGUGCAUUGUGACAGACUUCAGCUUAACCAGAAGUCCCUCCUUAGUCCAUUACCUCCAAUCCUGACCAAUCAGUCUUCUUGGGAGCUAAUCAUGACUCACUGUAUGGCUGACGCAGUCUCUCUUGAUGCAUCAGACAUCACCUGCAUGUGUGUGUGUUGUGUAAUGUUAGCCAUUCCUCUGGUGGCCACCCUGUUCACAACCUUAAGAAGAUCAGAGCAGAGCAGCACCAUCAAUCCCACAAUUGAGUUUUCCCAUUUAAACGUUUAUGGUAGCCUGAAAACCAAUGGCUUGUCCAGCAAUGAAAUGAAUGGGAGCACAUUAGAGGAAAAAGGCAGAAUCGGCCCUGCUGGACAGUGUCUUUCUCGACGCUGUGUUUCCAGCUGCUUUCAAGCAUUCUCCCUGCAGACAACAAGCAAGGGGGUCCUCAGCACAGCCUCCUCUGCCCCAUGUGAAAACUACACCUCUCUGAACGGCAUUCGCGUCCUCAGCUUGCUGUGGAUUAUAUGUGGCCAUUCUGCACAGUUCCCAGUUAUUAACAACCUAGAUAACUACAAAACAUGGAGGAAAGCAGUCGAAAGCAGCCCAGUAUAUGUGCUCACCAUCAGCGGGCCUGUUUUUCUCGCCGUUGACACCUUCUUACUGCUGGGGGGUUUGCUCAGUGCCAGGUCUUUGCUGAGCUCAAUCGACAAGGCAGAAGACAAUUUAAGUCUCGGUCUGGUUGCCAACUAUCUCUUCAAGAGGAUUAAAAGGAUUCAGCCUCUGCAUCUGUUCACAGUGUGUCUCACCAUCAGCGUCAUCUCUUUGGUGCGGUGGGGACCCUACUGGUUCCCAUUUGUUGAAAUGUUGACGGACUGCAAGGCGUACUGGUGGGCUAACUUACUGCUGGUUAGCAAUCUCCUGCCAGUCCAUGAGAUUUGUAUUCCCUGGACGUGGUACUUGUCUCUGGACUUCCAGUGUUACGCCACAACCCCCCUGCUGGUCUAUAUUUACAGGCUUAAAAGGAGUGUGUUUGCUGUUGUGGUAGGAGGCAUUUUGGUGAGCACGACUGUGGCCAGUGCUGCUAUAACUGCAUGUCUGCACCUUCCAGUCUUUCAGCCAUCCACAAUAACAUCAGACAACUAUGUUUUGCAUUACUAUGUGAAACCCUACACAAGAUAUGGACCGUUUCUAAUAGGGAUCCUAGCAGGAAUAUACCUGACAACAAAGAAAGAUCAACUAUUAAAGGAAAGGUGGCAAGCAGCGCUUGGUUGGUUGUGCUGUUGUUCUGUGAUGGUUUUGCUGAUUGGACUGGCCUACUUCCUGAAAGACACCCCACCUUAUCCCUCUGCGGCUCAUGCUCUAUAUCAGGGGUUGCACAGACCAGUCUGGGCCCUGACUGUGAGUUGGAUCAUACUGGCAUGUGAGGAGGGCUAUGGAGGUUUUAUCAAGACAUUCUUGUCCUUUGGUUUCUGGGUUCCACUUUCCAACAUUAGCUUUGCCUGCUAUCUGAUCCAUCCCAUCUUCAUCAUCCUCUACAAUGGCAUGCAAGAGACGCCGAUCCACUACACAGACAUCAACUUUAUGUACCUGUUCCUCGGCCAUCUGAUGCUAACUCUGGCAGCUGGCUGUGCUCUCACUGUGUUGGUUGAGAAACCCUACCUCUUCCUGAAACCCAAAUGCAUCUAGAGAAUCUGCCUUGUAUUGUACAGCACCUUUCAACAUAUGUAUAUCGGUAUCCCUAGUAAAGAGUUGGCCGUAGCGAAAUAAUUACGGACAAUUUGAGAUUAGUAGAUGUUUUCUUAUUGUUACUUAGUUUCUUACAGAGAUCAAAAUAUAUCUGCCUUUUUUCUUUGGUUUUUGCAUUUUCUUGUUUUUCACAUUUUGAAGAGUGUCUAAGAGAAGCGGUCGCCCUUAUAUUUACACAGCAGCUAAACAAAACUUCACUGACUAAAUGUUCCUCAACAUUCAACGUAGGUUGUAUGCUGAAAAUCCUUCAGUUGCAUUUAUGUUCUAGGUAUUGUUAGAUGUGCUGGUUGUCGUGGUACAGACUCUUUUAGAAAAAGAAAGCAAUUAAAGCCAUAGAGAGAGAGAGAGAGAGAGAGAGAGAGAGAGAGAGAGAGAGAGAGAGAGAGAGAGAGAGAGAGAGAGAGAAAGGAAACCUCAUGGAAGCCUGUCUGUUUUUCUGACAUAUAUGGAGAUAUGGGUAAUUAAUAUCAGUUUGCACAAUACUGAAUAAUUCAAAUUGAAAACUAAAGUAACCUUUUAAGAUUUUCAGCAAAGUAAAAGAAAUAAAUAUAUUUCAUCAAAUCUGUUUAGUGAAUUUUUUUCCUUUCUUUCAAUUUUGUUUUGUACUUUUUACAGCAUUUAUUUUUGUCAUUUUCUUUUUUUCUAGAAUUAUACCUCUUCGGAUGUGAUCAAGUUGGAGUAGCUCUGUAUUGUUGUUUUUUCUAAAAUAGUUUAUUCCUCCUCUUUCUUGUUGAAACAUGAUGUUUCUCUUUAUUCUCUCUGGUUUUGGAUGCUGUGCAGCUGGAAGUAUCUCUGCUCUUAGUUUUUUUUUUUUUUUUACUUUGGAACAGCUGCUGCAAUGCGUAAUUGUGUCAAUAAGACUGAGAGGAACUGAUUAGCAUCUCAGAAGCUCAAAUAAAAUCUGAACACCUACCAAAAAUCCCAGAGGAGUUAAAAAUUAAGUGGAUUAGCUGAGGUUGUCAACACCCGAUGGUGUCAUCCAGGACAUGUUACUGCGAAAUAUCGUCACCGCUGCCUGUAAACUGAGCUGUUAGCAUAUCAUGAUAACGAUAAUGGUUGUCUGUCAGAGUUCUCUCAGAUCCUUGGGUGAAAUUAGUUUCUUUUCUUUCUCAUUGUCUUUCCAUUAACAUUUACUCUGGGCAAUCAAGAUUGAUGGAAAUGACCAUUUCGUAAAAGCUCAUAAACUCACAGAAGUGUUUAUCAGCCAGCAAUGAUUACAUUAUUUCUUUCUCCCCAAACCUCACAGGAUUUCCUGUUAGAGUUUUAUAGAAUUUAUUUUAAAAUAAUGACCAUACUUCCAAUACCACCUAACUAAUUUGGUUGCUUUUUCUGUCUGACUCACUUCUUAUGUCAGCAAUUUCUUUUACGUCCCUCAAAUGUCCAAGAAUACAAAUGACUUCACUGCAUUUCUUCUAUAAGUAGUUCACGGCCAUUUACCAGACAGUGACUCAACUGAAGAGAGAAUCACAAAGAGUUUUAGUUGCCAGUGACAUCAAGCACAUAGCCCCGUUUACAGCCUUCUCGGUUACAGUGGAUGUGGAGCAGGAGCUUUGUUGUGCAUUGCAUUGAGCUGACACAAUCUCAGUGAGCAACCUCACAGAAAAGCUGAGGCUACUACUGCUGCUUGGUUUUUUUUUUCCAUCUGUUGUUUUCCAUCGUGACGAACCAAGCGUUCUGAAAUAAAACACUGAUCAGA